GAGGAGGAGGAGGAGGAGGAGGAGGCGGCGGCGACGGAGACCCAGAGGGCGCCCGGGAGGCAGGGCGCGCGCACUCGCCCAGGGACGCGCGGAGGGUGCGGGCGGCGCAGCGAGCGCAGAGCCGCCUCGGCCGCCCGCGGGGCGCCCCCCUGCCGCCCCAUGCUGUGCUCCAUGGCCAACUCCGGCUGCCUCCUGCUGCCCAGCGCCGGCAGCAUGCUCCCGCACGCCGUGCCCUGCUCUCCCGCCUUCCUCUUCCUCCAACAGGGCAGCCAGGACGCCACGGCUCCGCCUGAAGCGAUGGCCCAGCCCUACCCCCCCGCCCAGUACCCGCCUCCCCCACAGAACGGCAUCCCGGCCGAGUUCGCCCCGCCCCCGCCGCACCCCACCCCGGACUACCCGGGCCAGACCCCGGUGCCCCCGGAGCACGGCCUGACCCUGUUCACACCAGCACAGACCCACCCCGAGCAGCCGGGCACCGAGGCCAGCACGCAGCCCAUGGCGGGCGCCCCCACAGUGCCGACAGACGAGGCGGCCCAGACGGACAGCCAGCCGCUCCAUCCCUCCGACCCCACCGAGAAGCAGCACCCCAAGCGGCUCCACGUCUCCAACAUCCCCUUCCGGUUCAGGGACCCCGACCUGCGGCAAAUGUUCGGGCAAUUCGGGAGAAUUUUAGACGUGGAGAUCAUUUUUAACGAGCGGGGCUCCAAGGGCUUUGGGUUUGUCACGUUUGAAACGAGCUCAGAUGCUGACCGCGCCCGGGAGAAGCUGAACGGGACGAUCGUAGAGGGACGGAAAAUUGAGGUCAAUAACGCCACGGCCCGCGUCAUGACCAACAAGAAGACGGCGAACCCCUACACCAACGGCUGGAAGCUCAACCCGGUGGUAGGCGCAGUCUAUGGGCCUGAAUUCUAUGCAGUGACGGGGUUCCCGUACCCCCCCACGGGCACGGCCGUGGCCUACCGGGGGGCGCACCUGCGGGGCCGCGGCCGGGCCGUGUACAACGCGUUCCGGGCAGCGCCGCCCCCGCCGGCCAUCCCCGCCUACGGAGCGGCACUGGAGCAAACGCUUGUUAAAAUGCCCGUCCCAUGGGCAGGCCUGGCACCCUGCCCCCUCCCUCAGCAGCCUCCGGAGCCGGCCCGCCCCUCUCCGGCGCUCCCUCCACUCUCUUGUCCGUUUGCUUCCAGGGUCGUCUAUCAGGAUGGCUUUUACGGUGCUGAGAUUUACGGAGGCUACGCCGCCUACAGAUACGCCCAGCCGGCCGCCGCCGCCGCCGCCUACAGCGACAGCUACGGCCGAGUCUACACCGCUGCCGACCCCUACCACCCCCCCAUCGGCCCCACGGCCGCCUACAGCAUCGGGACCAUGGCAGGCCUCUGCCGAGGAGGGCACAGCCGCUUCACCCCCUACUAGCAAGAGGCCCACCCCUAGGCGCAGUCACAGACUCUAGCACACACCACACCCAGCACCCCGAGCCAGGCCCAGCCUCAGGAGGACAGUGCGCCCCGCCAGCCGCUCGCUGGCCGGCCGCGGUGGCGUGUGUGUGACUCGGUCCCCGUGUGUCUGAGCCCUGGGUUUGGCUUUGUUGACGUUGUGUUCCCCAACCCCAAGCCGGUUCAGGUACAGUACCCACAGCGGGCGGCUGAGCGGCAGGGCGUCCCGGCCA